AUGAAUACAAAUCUCACUUAGGAUGAUGAUUCAAUUGAAUUUUAAAAAGCUGUCACCUCUCCAUACAAAUGUCCCUAACAUUUGCUUAUUAUAAAUGACAGUUAAUUCUUAUCAUCCUUAAGAGAUUAAGAAGAACCUGAAGAGACUUUUCUUAUUGUUUCUGAAAUUCAAUAAGACAUUCACAUUGUGAUUAGUUCAAAAUUUAUAAAAGUAAAUAUUAAAAUAAUGAUUAGAGGAUCAGAUAUACUAUAUAAAAUCCAUAUAACACAGAAUAGAUUAUAAGUUCCUUAAGAAGAGCUUAAUAAUUCAACGAUGAUAAUUUAUAAUAAGUACAUAAACAUUGAAUAAUUAGGUUCAUUAAUACGUCAUUGAAAAUGAAGUUACUUUAAAAAUCUAUACUUCCUAUGCAAACCAAUAUAAUUAUUUAUAGGAACGAAUUGAAACUGAAUCCAGAAUAUUAUCAAAUGAAAUUAAGUUAAGAUCAUAUCUUUACAGUAUUUUAGAAGGACUCAAAUAUAUUCAUGAAAAUAAUUGUGUUCAUAUGUGCAUCACCCUCAAAAAUAUUGAAUGCCAUAAGAAUGAGUAUAGAUAAGUAAAGCAAUUUAUACAAUCUAGUUAAAAAUAAAUCGAUUUGAGACUUUAUAAGAAAUCAAAACUAAAUUAAAUCCUGAUCUUCGGAAAUAUUUGAUGAAAACACUUCCUCAUAUACCUCCAGAAUUAGGGGAUUCUAAUUAUAUAAUUUAAACCUCUUUUGAUAUUUUUUGUUUAGGAGUAGUUAUAUUUCAAAUGUGUACUUGUCAAUUACCAGAAGAUAAUUCAAGAACUAAUCGAUUAAUCCUUAAAAAGUUUAUAUCAAAAGAGUUAACUAAUAUGAUUUUAUUAAUGUUGGAUUUCUAGGUUGAAAAUAGACCAACAACUACUACUUUAAUUGAUAAUUAAUGGUUCAACAUUUGA